AUGCCGCAAUCAUUUCGCUUGCAAGACAAAGUAGCUAUCGUCACUGGAUCUUCGUCCGGCUUAGGACGAGCGAUCGCUAUUCGCUAUGUCCAAGAGGGAGCAAAAUUGGUCUGCGCUGAUCUAACACCAACUGCGCGAUCCCAAGAGGAGGCCGAGAUCACGACGCACGAUCUAAUUGUUAGGGACGGUGGGCAGGCGAUCUUUGUGCGGACGGAUGUUGGGGACGCAACGCAGAUGGAGAACUUAGUCCAAGUCGCUGUGAAAGAAUAUGGACGAUUGGACAUGUAUGAAAGCCUGAUGAUAAAAAUCUUGAAUAACCAAUCUGACAACUUCCUUGGUUUGGUCAACAAUGCUGGGAUCAGCAUCGAGGCACGGACGCCUGCUGUACUACAUCUGACCGACGAGACGACCUGGGAUACGACCAUGCGUGUCAACACCAAGUCUGUGUUUCUGGGUUGCAAGUACGCUCUUACUCAAAUGUUGGCACAAGAACCUCAUUCUUCCGGAGAUCGGGGCUGGAUAAUCAAUAUUUCUUCCAUUAUGGGUAUGAUCGGUGGGCUGGAGAAUCCAUCGUACUGUGCAUCAAAGGGUGCUGUGAGUAAUCUGACGAGGCAGAUGGCUCUGGAUUAUGCCCCAGAUAACAUUCAUAUCAACGCGAUUUGUCCUGGCUACACUCAAACGGCUAUCUUCAAGGAGACAACUACCAACUUGACUCCUUGGGAAGACCUAAAAAGGCGCCAUCCGUUGAAAGGACCUGGGAUGCCGGAGGAUAUUGCUCGUACAGCUGUUGUGUUGGCAAGUGAUGACGCCAGCUGGGUGACUGGAGUUUGUCUUCCAGUUGAUGGCGGUUAUACUGCUCGUUAA